UCUAAUUACGAAAAAUGCACUAAAUUUUAUGACUUGUACUACGAAAAGUUAUUUUAUAUUUUAAUAAAACGAAUAUGGAUAGAUUUUCUUGGAAAUAUGACAACGGCUUACACAAAACAGGUGAAAUAUUGGUGACACAACAACGUGGAUUGCGGCUUUACGAUGGCGAAGACAAGACUAAUUUUGAUAAUGGAAAUCUAAAGUUGACAUCUCAUUCAUUGAUUUGGGAGGAUCAAAAAUUACCAGAUAGACGUAUCUCUUUAUCUCUUGCUUUGAUCAGCAAAGUUAAAGAACAUUCAUCUGGUUUAAUGAAAAGUGCAAAGUUAUUUGUUUAUUUGAAUCCUCCUCCUGCAGACAGGCAGCCUGGACCUUUUGAUUCAAGUUCAUAUGCUUUCAUAAAAUUGUCUUUUCGUAAUGGUGGGCAUAUUGAGUUUAGAAGAUUAUUAGAGCAACAACUUAUGAAGAAAUUAUGGUUACAGUCUUCUACAGUUACAAAUCUUCAAGCUGACUCAAACAUUGUUCAAUCACGGAUACAGAGGCGUGGUCCAGGAAUUCUGGGAAUUGAAAGAAAUCUAGAGGAAAAAUCACGUGCUACAGAUACAGCAAUCAAUCAGGCUUUUAAAGAUUUGGAUGCCUUGAUGGAAAAGGCAAAAGAAAUGGUUGCAUUGGCUGACAGAUUUGCAUCAAAAAUUGAAGAAAGAAAAGGAACCUUGACUGAAGAUGAAACCAUUUUAUUCAAAUCCUAUCUUCUUAGUGUGGGAAUAUCCAAUCCGGUUACAAGGGAAACCCAUGGAAGUGGUACAAGCUAUCACAAGAAACUUGCAAAAGAAUUGGAAAUAUUUUUAAGUGAACAGUUAAAGAUUGAAGGAGGCAUGAUGACUUUAACCGAUGUUUAUUGUAGAUUUAAUCGAGCUAGAGGAAUGGAGCUGGUUUCUCCUGAAGACUUGUUGAAUGCUUCCCAACUGUUUCAGUCACUUGGACUUUCUUUAAGACUGCGCUCGUUUAGCAGUGGAGUGUUUGUGAUUCAGUCUUCAAGUCAUAGUGAUGAUGAAGUAAUACAUGACACUAGAGAAAAGUUGUUUUCCAAUAGCUGUUUGACUGCCGACCAACUGUCUAAAAUUCUUGGAAUUUCUGUAAUGCUAGCCAAAGAAAGACUACUAUUUACUGAACAAGUUGGUAUGGCAUGUCGAGAUGAUUCUGUCGAGGGAUUAAAGUUUUAUCCUAAUAUGUUCUUACAAACUGCCGUUUUUCAAUGAACAUUGCCAACUACUAAACUUUAUCUAGAAAUACACUUACACUUCACUUGUUUGAUAAAGAGUUUCCACUAUGUACCUAUAGACUGUUAUGUAUUGACUUCAUGUGCAAAAAAUGAUCUUAACAAAAAUAUGAGUUUAAAUUACAUAUUUUGAAUUUCCUUUUGAAA